AUAUCAGGUACAGGAGCCUUCUGAGCAUUUGGAUAGUUUCGACAACGGCAUUCAGUUAGGAUUUAGACCUCAGAAUCCAGGCCCUUACGGUCCCAACGGCAGACCGCUGAUACCGGCGGCGCCCGCGUACCAAGGCAAUAACGGUGUUCUCGUGGGUCCCGGUGGACCAACGGGAAUAAUUGGCAGACCUGCUCGUUUCGAACCGAACGGACACGACGAUAUUUUGGAUUCAGUACCACCAUGGGUCAGAAACGACCCCCGUUAUCGCGAAUUCGACACUUGCAAAUGCAGAUAUAGUUUCAACUGUCCAUCGCCCGGCUUGAAAUUCGGCCACUGCGCGAGAGAGAAGAAGUACUGUUGUUUCAACAGCAAAAGAUUCCCAGGAUUGUCUGGAGGGCUGGGAGGGCAUCAUUACCCAUAUCCUGAUAUGCCGCACAAGUACAGGCCGAAUGGUUUUGCGCCAUCGAAUUAUUACGGCAAUCGAAGACCGUAUAGCGGCGGCGACGGCGGCGGCUACCAACAUCCGUCUUUCGGUGACUAUUACUCAGGACCGUAUAGCGGCGGUUAUGGCCAUCGCAAUGAAUUCGGGUCGUUACGGCCAAAUGGCUACGAUCCGGAACUCGACGAUUAUGUCAUCUACGAGAGGUCAUUGGGCAAGAAUCAAACGCAGACGAACGAGAAGUCGGAGACGUAUGAAAAUACUGAAAAGUAA